AGUGCGUCCUCUCGGUUGUUGGGCCACCAGUGUACAGAAAGUGAGCGGGAGGAACGGGUUUGCGGAAGCUGUCGUCUGUUCCGAAGGUUCCGAGAUCUUCCUCGGAGAUUCAAAUAACAGGACAUGUUCAUGACCUUGGCAAUUGCUGCUCUUCUGGCGCUGCAAGCAGCAGCCGAGCCCCCCGAAGACCCCAAGUGCCAGAAUGCUUGGGCAUCACUUGGAACAUCUGGAGGGGACCUGCACAUUCAUGACGGCAAGCCCGGUCAAGGGGCCGUUGCCUGGGGAUCUUUCCAGAAUGACAUUCACUUCAGCGGCUGGACAUUCCUGGAGCUGCAGUCCAACGGUUCGUAUGCAGACGACGCUCAGGCGUACGCCGCCGGUGCGGUGGAGGCCUACCUUACGCACGACCUCAUGGAAAAACAGUAUAACAACAUGUACAGCCGCUACUGCAAUGGUCAGCCUGAGUACUGCGAGAGGCUCUUGACAUUCCUCCAGGAAAACCUCGAGUACUCGAAUAGCCACGAGCGGCUCUAUGAAUCUACGGACCCUUAUUGGCAUAUGGUCCAUUUACAGAUGAAGCAGCUUGCCGGCCUGAGUGAUCACUUCGAGAACAAGACCCUGAACGUAUCAAACGAGUACUUGAACGUCACCAGGGCACUGCUCUUCAACAUUGAAGGAGAUGUGCUUGACCUGGAAAAAGUUUUAAAGAGAGUACCCGACGAGUACAGCGUGGACCAGACACCCGCUUGUUCAGCGCUCAUCAAAGUAGUGGCCGACAAUGACGACAUCCUGUUUGCUCACGACGCCUGGUUCUUGUAUCGAAGCAUGCUCAGGAUAGAAAAGAAGUACACGUUUCCAUGGCACCUCACAUCGAAGUCAAGUGAAACUAUCCCCGGUCACACAAUCAGCAUGUCUUCAUACCCUGGAAAGUUGGUUUCUCUUGACGAUUUUUAUCUCGCCUCAAGUGGCCUAGCAAUCACGGAAACCUCAUUAGAAAACAGCAAUGACAGCCUCUGGAACUUGGUGAGGUCAGACAGCGCUCCCCUCACCUGGGUUAGAGGCAUGGUUGCCACCCGCCUUGCUGUCACGGGUCCCCAAUGGGUUGACUAUUUUGGAAAAUUGAACAGUGGCACAUACAAUAAUCAGUGGAUGGUGUUGGACUACAAACUCUUUACUCCAGGGUCUGCCAUCGGAAAAAAUACUCUCUGGAUCCUCGAGCAGAUGCCAAAUAUCACGAAGGCUAAAGAUGUGAGCGAAUAUCUUCAAAAUAAAAAGUACUGGGGAAGCUACAAUGUCGCCUUCUUUCCUGCCAUCUUUAAUAUCAGCGGUCAACCAGACAUGGUCAAGAAAUACGGAAAUUAUUACAGCUAUGACAUGUCUCCUAGGGCGCAAAUAUUUAGGAGGGAGCAGAGCAAAGUCGAAGAUGUUGACACCAUGUCAGGCCUCAUGAGGUACAAUAACUACACGCACGAUCCGGCGUCAAGAUGCAACUGCACGCCGCCGUACAACCCCGUCUACGCCAUUGCUUCCCGUUACGACCUCUUGGACACAAAAGGCAGCUACGACGUGCCAAGGAUGUUUCGCAGAGCAGUCGGAGCUAUAGACAUGAAGCUCACCAACUACGCCAUGUUUAAAAGCCUCGAGUUUAUUGCCAUAAACGGGCCCACGUUCCAACCCGACGGCUCCGUGCUGCCGCCCUUCCAAUGGAGCACGAGUGGCUUCCAAGAUCUACACGACGGCCAUCCGGACAAGUGGAUGUUCGGGCCCACGUACCACCGCUGGAAUUCCUGCCCGAACCUCUGAGCCCGUGUUUACGGGCUUUGAUAUUGUGUUUAGCUUUCCGCGCUUGGAAUAUGAAGAGAAACGAGUAAAAUAAGAGACAAAAACAGGGUAAUUUCUUUCUAUUGGGCACGGGGGUGAUGUAAAUAAAUAUUCAGCGGCAAUAGGUCAGUAUUAAUACGUGCAAUAAAAUUUUGUACGAAAAUA